UCUAGAUCUGACUGACUACAAUCCGUAUCGCAAGUUCUAGACCCCCUACCUGCCAGCCAUCAAUUUGAUCUAGAGACAUGUGCGGCAGAUUCGCUUUGGGCGUCUCGGGAGGCGACAUCCGUCUAGCAGCGGCAGAUCGUUUCCCUCGAGUUCUUGAUCGUCAACAAGGUCGCGGGGGAGCCCCUGAGGCGCAGAGACGAGCACAACUGGGACAGGACAGAAGGGAGCGUGACCGAAUCAGGCGGGAGCGAAGAAGGGGUGGCCCGGUAAAUCAGACACCAGAGGUCGACGAAACUGAAGAACAAGAAGAGGAGGGACGGAACAACGAUAGCGAAGUCGAGUCUGAGCCGGAGGAUGGCGACGGUCUCAGUCAACACGAGAGGGAGAACAGACGGCGUAGAGAACGAGCGGAAUCCAUCCCUUGGGACGACGAAGAGAGGUGGAGACCCGAGAACUUCAAUGUGGCGCCGAGGAGCAACUGCCCUGUUAUUGUCAUGCGGCCUACGGCUGCUCGACUUCGAGGCGGAGGUAGCGAGGGAGAGUCGGACGAAAAGUUAAAGGAGGUGGGUGAUGCGGGGAUCGACAUGGGGGAUCAAGCACUCUCCAUCGAGACGAUGCAAUGGGGUCUGAUCCCUCACUGGUCUAAACACCCACCGUCGGCACCUCUGAACACCAUAAACGCUCGAUCUGAGAACCUGAUCGACAAUGCUGGGGGAAUGUGGCAGUCCUUGAAAGGCCCGAAACGUUGUGUCGUGGUUGUUCAGGGUUACUAUGAAUGGCAGAAGAAAGGAACCACAAAGAUCCCUCAUUUCACCAAGCUGCCUCCGACAGACGAGAAGACACCGCGCUUGAUGAUGUUAGCAGGACUUCACGAUACGGUAAAAUACGUCGAUUCCCCGCCGGACGAACCUCCGCACAAGACAUUUACGAUAUUGACGACGACACCCUCCAAGUCUUUGGAGUUCCUACAUGACCGGAUGCCUUGCAUCUUGGAUGGAGAGGAAGAGCUUGUGGCGUGGUUGGACUGUAGGGAGGGAUGGACGGGCAAGGUGGCAAACUUGUUGAGGCCUUAUGGCGGAGAAGUUGAAUGCUAUCCUGUCCCCAAGGAGGUAGGCAAGGUCGGGACCAACUCGCCGACCUAUAUCGAGCCAGUAUCGGAGCGCAAAGACGGGAUAGCGAGCUUUUUCAAGCGACAAGAAGAGAAGGGCCAGGGAAGUUCGAGUGCGAAAUCGCCCGCAAAACCCAAGGUCGAAGUGACGAGAUCGCCUCUGAAGCCAAAAGUUGAGGCUUUGACGUCAAACAAGACGGACAAAGUUCACAGCCCUGUCAAGGCCGAUUCGAAGGAUGUCAAGGGUGUGGAGGGUCUGGGGGACGAUUCGAAUGCCCCUCAGAGUCAGGUCGGUGCUGGAAAGGGAAAGCGCAAGGCGAAAGAGGAAGCUCAGGAAGAGCCUGUCAGUACGCCUCGUCGACAAAGCAAGCGUAUCAAGGCGACGGAACAAGAUAAGAAGGCGGUCGAGGUCAAGAGCGAGAGCGACGAUGGGAUAGAGGUUUUGGAUGAAGCCGAGUUCAAGAAGCCGAAAAAGAACGAAAAGCCAGACGCCGCGAGAAUUGAAGUGAGUCGGUUAGCGAGGCAGGCGUUGAAGCAUUCGAUCCCUAAAGCCACGAAUCUGAUCAGGAACAUGAGCAUCAAACAUCGCUGGAUGGCUUUUUGAAGAAAUAGCGAAAUGUAUUGAUCACUGCUCGAGCCGGUCUUGUCGAAAUCAUGACUCUCCGGAUCGUCCAGAUUUGUAUACAUACAGCGGCUGCUUGAAAUGAUAUCGUACCCACUCA